AUGUCGCAAGCCCCCACCAAGACUUCGUCCUUCCACUACGACGACGCCAGCUCCUCGCCCGAUCCUCUCGCCACUUCUAUCGACGAUGGCAUGGUUAUGGGGAGUGUCGCAGCUACAGCUGGAACUAGACUAUCACCUUUCAAGAGGACGGGAACACGUGUAAUCCAGGCACCGAGGAGAGCUUCCAAAACGACACACCACGAGUUUGGAUCGAUACCCUCCUCUCCCUUUCGCGCCGUGUCCGAGCAGAAUACCAGCCCCUGGAAAAUUAGAGUCACAGUGGAAACAGAACACGAGGAGUCGGAGAUGGAUAACACGGCGACCCGGAGAGUGACUAGGACGGUGAUGAUUCCCCUGCGCCAGGACUCUUCGCCCGCAGACAAGGAAGACGGCUCCGUUAGAGGAAGAAGAUCUCAAACAAGUCCCAGCAAAGGCAAGAGAAGCGGGACCCCAGUACGUGGCGGGAGGAAUGGGGAUCGCGCCCGGAGACAGAGUGUGACAGACCUGAAUGUACGACCACUAGGCGACGAUGCAGACGAGGAUGACUGGUUGAGGCAGAAAAGAUCGCCGCGCAAGAGAAAGGUAUCUCGAAGUCGAAAGAGUGUUCAUGGUGGCGAAGCCAUGACGCAGUCGGCAGGACAAUCCAAUGUUUCUGAUUUCGAGAUCCGACGGGAUACGGAUGCUGAAAGCGACGAUGGUCUUCCGCACCAAGAACAUGCCACAUCUGAUGUUGAAUCAGCCGGACUGCGCAACCUCGACUUGAACAGAGUGACAGUCCGACCCCGAGCGCUGUCCACCAAAUGUGAACCCAAGGGGUUUCUGGACAAUGAAGGGCCAGCAGCACUCCCAGCGAGAAAGCCGUCGGAGGUGCGAAAAGUGUCCGUUAACAGCGCGAAGAGCUAUCCGACUCCCUCUCCCAGUUCCUCCCCCCAUAGAGACUCUGAUGACAUUGGCAAUCCUGCGGAUCACAUCUCCCCUGGUCAUGAAGGCUUUGACACCAUACUUGAAAGCGAAGGGUUUACCAUGAUCGAUCUGGAGACCCUCCCCUCAGCCAAGCAGUACUUCAGUAGCCCGGCAGAAGCGGAGGUAGAGAAGCUGUCUGGGUCUUCAAAAGAAGUGUCCUGGCAAAAGCAAGAAGCAACAGCAAUACUGAAAAGUGAUGGCGACAGUUCAAGGAGAAAAGAGCCUUCGGUUGAGACGGAUAUGGUUACCUAUCCAGCUCUGGAUAUUGACGAUAGUGACAUAUCCAGCACCGUUCCCUCGUCACCGCCAGUCCUAGAGCAGAAGAAGAGCCUCUUGCAGGUCCCGAGCUCGACGGCAAGCACUGCUCGAAAGGUGACACCACAACCGUAUUCAUCCCCCCAACUCCCCUCUCCCCCAAAACAAGAUGUUCGAAGAACUCCGCACCACCAACAUCGUGGAUCUGUCUCCGCUCUAGUCGCCGGCAUUGCAUUACAGGGCGUAGUCUCGCCGAAGCACUCCAGCGACAGGGUCUCGGCGAGAGAGAAACGCACAUCGUCACCAUCUCGAGACCCGGAGAACGCCGGUGGGUUGUUUCAAGGAUUUGACUCGGGGACUCAACGCGAGCUUAGAGCUGGGCUUAGAUUCGGUGAAGAACUUGCCCGACGUCAAUCUCCAGCUCAACCGACGGCAGUGUCUCCCACAGAUCCUUCCACGACCGAAGAGCACAAGCCGUCGGAUUUGGGCACAGGCACCGCCCUGAAAGCUCAAGCCAAGGUCGAUAAUCAAGCCGGAACGCAAGUUUGGCGAGGUGAAAAUUUGGUCCAGCGUACUCCAGUCCAAGUCUUGGCCAGCAACGCUAUCAAGGUGACGGAAGCGGACAAAUCUCACCCCCGGACACCUCAGAUUGCACCCUCGACGAAGGGAGACAGAACACUCUUGGAUACCCAGGCUCGACGAGAACGAGAGUGGCAAUUGGAGAGAGAAGCUAUUUCGAGGCAGAUUCAAAAUGCCAACGAGAGCCAGGUCAUUGUGAUUGAUAGUGACAGUGAUGACGAGGAUGAAGCCUUGCAAGAAAGCCGAGACGCCAAUGCAUGGUGUGACUCCUGUGCUCAGGACAACGACGAGGAAGAGGAUAUCUGGCUCGCGGAAGCAAAGAACUCCUCGAGUCCAGGACCGGAGGCAGAUGUGCCGGCUCGAUCUGACGAGAACGAUUUCUUCAUUCGGACUGACCAAAUCAAGCAGCGCGAGCGAUCAGGAGAUGUCCUGAGUCGGCCGCGGAGGAGUCUGAUACCGAGUCCAUGGAAACGAGGCGAUGAUAUUGAUCCUCCGCUCGAGCAGAGCACCUUUGUAUCGACCACCGCGGACGACAUUAGCGGCCUAUUGUUCUACAAAGACGGAGAAAGUAAGAUUCAGUUCGGUGCUGGAGAGAUCAAGAGACAGCAGCUGCGGCAGAGAACUAGUAGUGGGACAUUCGACAUUAACCUCAUGGUAGGGACGCCGACCAAGGAGCGUGUCGAGGACGAGACCGCCGAAGAGAGUGUUCUGGAGGAAGAGGACAGUAUCGACAGAACAGACACACAGGCCCAUGUCGAUGAAAGUGGACUUUCAACGCAAACGCAGGAAGAUGGGAAACCUGGCCAGGAUCUGAGCAACGACAGCAUGAACCCUCCGGAACCAGCUACUUCUACUUCGCAACCCAUCAGAAUCCCCGUAAAUUUCAACAACUCAUCAAACCCCAUUCCAGCGCAGCCAGGCGUCUGUCUUCAACCUACCCAACUCCGAUCGCCCUCACCUGGUCAGGCUGUGCUAUUAUCUCCCCAGCGACCACCGACACCUCGCUCUGCAUUGAAAGGCUCCCGGCAGAGCUUUCCAGAAGACCUGGGAAAGGAGAAGCCAGACACGCCCAACGUGAUUAGAAAAGUGGUUUUUAGUGAAAGAUCAAGAGGUGUGGAUAUUCAUGGCCUGGAAAGCAGCUUCAGUAUGAGGUCGGGAAGUGAUGACUCUACGGCUGGUGAGCUUGAAUGGCAGUUAUACCGUGAGUGGCAGGCCCAUGACGCAUCACAGAGUGCGAAGGCAUGCGAGGGCGAAGUACAGACAGAAGACGAGACUGAAGAGCAUGGACAACAUUCACCAAACGAGGCGAAGACUUGGGUCCCCGAAGACGUGUCUACGACAGUCCGCUCUGUGCCCGACCCUGCGCCGGCGAAGAAAGGCUGGACCAGCUGGCUCUGGGGAUCCAAGGCAACACCACAACCGGACUUGGAAUCCAGCUCAUCUCCUGGCCAGGGCCAGGAUCAGGGCCAGGACAUGGACCAGUAUCUACCCACGAUCAAGGGGAUCUCAAGCACUGCACGCAUGGAUGGAGCAGAAGACGAGGAAGACCACGACGAUGAAUCUCAUCAACAAAGUCAAAGUCAAAGUCGAGGCUGGGAGAAGACGAGAUCAUCCAUCGCGUCGUCGCACUCGACCUGGGACAGCAACAAGCGAACAGCCUCGACACAAGUUCGUCCUCAAGCAAGCAAGCCAGCCAACAGCGACAAACCCACCAGAUCCGUGACCAAACCACCAUCUUACCUCCUCCCGCCAUCCUAUCCGUCCGACCCACGCCGAGCACCCACCAGUGCGCUCGCUCUAAGCGGGAAAUUCACCAACACGCACUUCCGCACGCUGCACAUCAUCUACCGCAAAUCCCUGCGCCCGAAAUUCCACGCCCCGGCACGUCGGACGAUCCGGCCAGAAGUCAUGGCCCUGCUGGGCAUGGAGAUGGAAAUUGACGAGACGGCACAUGGAGUCGACGGGGUUUUCACCUGGAAAGUCGGCCACGCCGAGUGUGAAGUGCUGGAACGUUUCAUGCAGGAGUGUGAGUUUAGUCACGGGGUUUGGAUGGGCAGGAAGGUUUGUAUCAGCUCCGGCCUUGACACCCACAACAACGGCGACCUCGACAGCAAGGUCAAGAUCGUCCUCGGCGAGCAAGUGGCUGUGGAAUGGGGCUGGAGCGUCGAGCAGCUGGCAGAAUGGCUGUGUCGGAUCGUUGUGGGGGAGGUGGUUCGGGAAGAGGAGCAGACGGGCAACGACAAGGGCAACGGCAAGGACAAGGGGAUGAAAGUCAGAUAG